AGAUUCACGGGUUUAGUGAGCUCAAUUACUGAUGAAUUGCUGUCUAUUGAGUUUAAAUUGUUGGAGUUGCAUUGGUGCUGAAGCAAUUGUAUCCAUCUCAGAAUGGGGUUGCAUCUCCUCCUUUUUCUCUUACUGUCCUCUAUCCAUGGGAUUUUAGCUCAAGAUCUUGCAGAGGUAACCAUUGUAGUUAAAGGGACCACAACAAUUGCUGAGACCAGCAACAAUUUCAUCUGUGCUACUAUUGAUUGGUGGCCUCCAGAGAAGUGUAACUAUCAACAAUGCCCAUGGGACGAAUCCUCUGUUCUAAAUCUGGACUUGUCUCAUCCUUUGCUUACCAAGGCUAUCCAAGCUUUCAAGACACUGAGAAUAAGAAUUGGAGGUUCUUUACAAGACCAAGUUGUGUAUGAUGUUGGAAAUUUGAAUUCUUCAUGCACCCCAUUUAGAAAGAUGUCUGGUGGACUGUUUGGGUUUUCCAAGGGCUGUUUACCAAUGGCUAGGUGGGAUGAACUCAACAACUUAUUUAGUAAGACAGGAGUAUUUGUGACAUUUGGUCUGAAUGCGCUGUAUGGGAGGCACAACACCCAAAAUGGUGCUUGGUUAGGCGCUUGGGACCCCACUAAUGCCCGUGAUUUUAUCAAGUACACCAUUUCCAAGGGAUACCAAAUCGAUUCAUGGGAAUUUGGAAACGAGUUGAGUGGAAAUGGGGUUGGUGCAAGUGUUGGUGCUCAACAGUAUGGGAAAGACUUAAUCAACCUUAAAGCUCUCAUCAGUGAUUUAUAUGGGACGUCCAAUCGAAGACCAUUGAUUUUAGCACCAGGAGGGUUCUAUGAUCAGCAGUGGUAUACUGAGUUUCUUCAGGUUUCAGGGUCAGAUGUGGUCAAUGUUGUGACACAUCAUAUAUACAAUCUGGGUCCAGGUGAUGAUCCCAAUCUGGUGAAAACGAUAUUGGAUCCUCAGCAGUUAAGUCAAAUAUCACAGACUUUCAGCAGUCUUGAAGAUACCAUUCAAAAGCAUGGUCCAUGGGCUUCUGCCUGGGUUGGUGAAUCUGGUGGGGCAUACAACAGUGGUGGCCGUCUAGUGUCUGACACAUUUGUAAACAGCUUCUGGUACUUAGAUCAGCUUGGAAUGUCAUCAAUGUACAAUACCAAGGCAUAUUGUAGACAGACUUUGAUUGGUGGAAACUAUGGUCUACUUAACACCACCACUUUUGUACCAAACCCUGAUUACUAUAGUGCACUUCUGUGGCAUCGGCUUAUGGGAGAAGGCGUCCUUGCUGUUGAUAGUGAUGCAUCACCAUUUUUACGUGUUUAUGCUCACUGUUCGAAAGGAAGAGAAGGCGCAACUCUCCUUCUGAUCAAUCUUAGCAGUGAGACAGAAUUUAGAAUCACCGUUCAAAAUAGUAUGAACAUCAACCUGCAUGUAAAGGAGGAGACUAUUCACAGAGGCAAUUCUUUCAUGCAUGGUUUUAAGAGAACGGUUUCAUGGGUUGGAAGAAAAGCAUCAGAUGAGGCAGAAUUGAGAGAAGAGUACCAUUUAACUCCAAAGGAUGGAUAUCUGCAGAGUCAAACUAUGGUCUUAAAUGGGACUCCAUUGGAGCUAACUGAGGGUGGAGACAUUCCAAAACUGGAACCUGUUCUUGUUGAUGUAAAGUCUCCUAUAUCCAUUGCUCCUUUGUCUAUUGCUUUCGUCGCCCUCCCCAACUUUGAGGCUCGAGCUUGUAGCCGUGGAGAAGCUAAGUACCAAUUGCACAUUCAUAAGCCACACUAGCAACAUGGUCUACAGCUCCAACCAUGGCCUUACAUCAAAGAGAACACCCCUUCCCUACCCAAAAGAAAAGGGUAAUAAGAAACAAAAGAGACUGAACUCAAGUUCAUGGUUACUGUAUUUAAGGUGAGUUGAUUAUACCCUGUAAUUUCAGAAGCUAGCUCUCAUGAAGGAAAGAAGGUACUUCAAUGUUUCAUUUCUUUUC